AUGCUACAUCACUUGGAGGGUGUUCCUGAACCUUCCGUUAUUCCAAAACAAGGGGAAGAUCAACCGAAAAAGACUUCAACAACUUCAGUAAAGCCAACCACUUCAGUCAAGCCAAUCAUUAAGAGCGAAUCUAAGCCUAAAGGCAAAGACAACCUUUUUUCUGAGGAGCCAAUAUUUGAUAACAUCGAUGAAGAAGAACUCAAAAGGCGAAAGGUGCAUGAGGCUGAACUUGAUGAUAAUCAAAUAAUUAUGAGAGAGGUUGAAGCCAAGGGGAAAGCUGAAAGAGAAGCAACAUCCACUCUUGAAAGCAGGAAACCCUUGUUUCUUACUUGGACGAUAAAAAGAAUUCAAAGUCAAGCUGUUGAUUCACUGAAUCAGUAUUGGUUAGAACAGGUUGUGUCAUUCGACCUCCAAAAUACUCAGGACUUGCAACUGGAUCUUCCAAUUACAUCUAAAGCCUUAAAGUUUCGUUCUUUCAUAAAGGUUGCGAAUGUUCCUGUUGUUGAUAAUGGUGCUGAUCAACUUCUCUUCCAAUUUUAUCUAAAGCACAUGAGGCCGCAAUAUGAAACUUGGAGUGCCAGCAAAAUCACGGAAAUGAAGAAGUACGAACCUGUCAUCCAUCACCUUAAGCUUAUGAUCAUUUCGUAUAUCCAAGAGGUGGGAAAUAUGGAUGUUGUAGAGAUAGCUACAAUGUUACAAAAUAAGCCUACGGCUGUUCCUAAAGAAGCUCCCGAGGGGUUUGAAAAGUUGAAGCUUGGAAAAAUCUACAAGGAAAGCUGGAAAAAGAGGCAAUUCGUCCGACUGCUAUCUAUGGACCUGGAGAUGGAAAAUAUAAUAGUCUAUUACGCUAUACGAUCCAAAUAUGUAAUACAUCUCCUAAAAUGUCUCCCUUCACUCCUUGUCCAUUUUCUCUCUAUUCUUGCGACUCCUUUUGUCAUUGAAUGCCUCUUCCACCACUAUGAGUUUGAUAUGACUAACCCUCAUGAGGUACACUUUCAUUCCAUGAUACACAUCUUGCAUUACAUGCAACGUACUCUUGAUCAUGGUCCCCGACUUCAUAUAUUCUCCUCAACAAAUCUCACUGCUUAUUUUGAUGUCAACUGA